AUGCUGGUUUUUAUGCAAAAAUACAUCGACCGGAUCGUCAAUGUGGUUGGGGACAGUAAUUGCAGAUUCUGGGUCGUAUCGGCUUUGCUUGGUAAGGGAGAGGAUGACCAUAAGCUUGUCCGUCCUGAACUUAUCGAAGAGUUGAUGAACCAUAAAGACUCGUACACGCGGGUAUUUGGAGACAAAGCUAUAUUUGAAUUGAUUCACAGAGCUCUUGUUCCUUGGUUGGGCGCUUACGCACCGACUUCAAAAUGGACGAGAUUCCCGGAAAUGGGACAUCUUAUUGCAUGCGCAUAUGACAUGGGAUGCCCCAUACCACCUACGUCACCAGAAUGGGCACUUCAUCAUACCGAAGCUGCUGAUACGUGGCGGGAUCGUUUUGUGGAUAUGAUGCACGAUUUUGAAAGGUUGAACAACAUCGAAAAGGAAUCAAAUGCCGAAAAGUCAAGAUUAGAACCUCCAAUAAAUUUAGCCGGCGACAGUUCUUUUGAUGUAUUUAUCUAG